AGAAAAUCGCUAAGGACCUAAAGGAAGUAGGACGGUAGAGGGUCCACAGGCAGGGGGAGCUGUGAGCCAUGCCCCAUAGCUCUGACAGCAGUGACUCCUGCAGUUUCAGCCACUCAUCUUCCUCCAGCAAACAGGAAUCUUCUGAUGACAUGAGAAAAGUGCAAAGAAGGGAAAAGAAUCGCAUCGCAGCUCAGAAGAGCCGGCAAAGACAGACACAGAAAGCAGAUACUCUGCAUGUGGAGAGCGAAGAUUUGGAGAGGCAGAAUGCUGCUUUGCGCCGGGAGAUAAAACAACUGACAGAGGAACUGAAGCAUUUCUCCACAAUGCUGACUUCCCAUGAGACUCACUGCUCCAUCCUUCAUACACAACCUCCAGGGCCCUCGGAGGUGCUCUAUACCCCACUCUCCUUCCACCAGACCCACAUCAGCUCCCCAUGUUUCCAGCACUGAGGCCAACUGCUUG